GAACGACAGCGCUCAGCCUCUUCCUCCUGAUGCAUCCUUCCAUCUCCAGUAGCUUCUCCAGCACCAAGACGUAUGAAGAGGUCCAGUUCUUCAACACUAACAACUACCACCAUGGAAUAGACUGGUAUAUGGAGUUGUUCCCGCUCCCGUCUAACGUCAGCAGUGACUUCCUGUUUGAGAAGAGCUCCGCCUACUUCCCCUCUGAAGACGCUCCUCGCCGCGCCGCCGCCCUGCUGCCUAAAGCCAAGAUACUGACCGUGCUGAUCAACCCCUCAGACAGGGCUUAUAGCUGGUACCAGUGCUUAGAAUAG